AUGAUGAUAUCAAGAAGACAAAGCAUACAAGUUUCAAGAAGAUUCCUUUCGAAUCAAUCAACCAAGAAUAAAAGAUUUAUACAAACAAUUCCAAUCACAACAAGAUCAACCACUAAUCCUUUCUUAACUAAAUUACAUCAAGAUGAAGUGACUGGUGGUUCUCCAAAAUGGGCUAAACAUUCUUUAAGUAUUCCUAAACCAGCUGAAUCCACUACUAGUGCUGCUGCUAGUCAGCAACCUUUAAGAAGAUCAAGAACAUCUCGUUUUGCUUCAAAAUCACAAUCGACUAUCCCACAACCAUCUAAAUUCUCAUUUCCAUCACCUGCAUCCAAUAAUGUUAUUGAAAUAACAUCAACUCCAGAAAUACAAAAAGCUUCAAGUAGCAUAACAUCGAAAGAAUCUCAAUCAUCAGUGCUGGCACAAGAAAAAUCAACCCCGGCUGCCGCUGCCCCGGCACCAAAAAAGAAGAGAGUGUUGCGUCCAAGAAAAGCAUUAAUUACAUUAUCUCCAACAGCAGUGGAGCAUUUAAGAGCAUUAUUAAACCAACCAGAACCAAAACUAAUCCGUAUUGGUGUCAGAAAUAGAGGUUGUUCUGGUUUAACUUAUAAUUUGGAAUAUGUUGAUAAACCAGGUAAAUUUGAUGAAUUGGUUGAACAAGAUGGUGUUAAAGUAUUGAUUGAUUCAAAAGCAUUAUUUUCAAUUGUUGGUUCAGAAAUGGAUUGGUUGGAUGAUAAAUUGAGUUCGAAAUUCAUCUUUAAAAAUCCAAACUCAAAAGGUACUUGUGGAUGUGGUGAAUCCUUUAUGGUUUAA